AUGUCCGAGCUUCCGGUAACUUCUCAGGACCUAAAAUCGAGGUACUCACAGCAUGAAUUGCCUACGGUGCUCAGAAGACUGUUCAAAUCGCACAAAAAUCUGGAUUUCGAAUCUGCUAUUUGGGAAAUGGUAAACCUGAUAUUCAGGCCCCGGAAAGCGCACCGAUCGCUGUACUAUCAACGACAAACUCGAAACAGGUGGUCUCGAGAUGAUCCUUCCUUUUUUAUAUUGCAAAUUGGGCUUCUCUCUGCGAGCUCGAUGGUGUGGUCCAUCGUUUAUGGACAUUCAUUUCUAGGAUUUAUCAAGAUGAUGAUCAACAUGAUCUUGGUUGAUUUUUUUGCAUUUGGCUUUGCAGUGGCUACUUUAUUCUGGGCAUUGUUGAAUAGAAGCUUCUUCAAGUUCAAAUCUGUCCAAAACUCGCAAGUUGAGUGGGCUUACUGUUUUGACGUCCAUUGCAACGCUUUUUUGGUGGUCUGGAGUUUAUUGUAUUUGUUACAGUUUCUGCUACUUCCAGUAAUAAACUUACACCGGUGGAUUGGUUUGUUUAUCGGCAACACGCUCUAUUGCGCUGCAUUUGGACAGUAUUUCGUGCUUUCAUUUUACGGCUAUAGUCAACUGCCAAUUUUGAAAAACGUCAAUUUCAUUUUACUACCUACUUUGGUUUUCGCCGCUAUCUACGUGGUUAGCUUGUUUGGGUUGGAUCUUUCAACGGUGUUUAGUUUCCACACCUAUUGA